GGAACCGGAAAAGGAAAGUGCACUCGAAAAACCCUUUUGGUUUUAACGGAAACGUCGCUGUCGCCAUCUCAGCGCUGGGCGGAAGCAGAAAUGAGAGACUGCGAGGUUUCCUCGGCCGAGUGAGCGAAGAAGGCGCGAUGCCGCUGGUGUUGCUCUGCGGGCUGCCGGGCAGCGGCAAGAGCCGGCGCGCCGAAGAGCUGCGCACCGCUUUGGUCGCUGAAGGCGAACGGCGCGCCUUCGUUGUGUCCGAGGCAGACGUGGCCGGAGGCCGGGCUGCCUUGCGGGCGGCGGCCGAGCGUCUGCUGAACCAGCGGGACGUGGUAAUCGUCGACGCGGGCAGCGAGCUGAAGAGCUUCCGCUACGAGCUAUAUUGCCUCAGCAAGCACGCGGGGACCACGCACUGCUUGGUGCUCUGCCCGGGAGGUGGCGCGCUCCCCGACCGCCCUCCUUUGGAGCCGCCGGACUCGCAAAACCGCUGGGACUGGCCUCUCUUUCUGGCGCCCGAGGACCCCGCCGAGCCUCUGCCGCUGCCCGAGAUCCGCGCUGCCCUCUUGGAGCGGCGCCCGCCUCCUCCCAACCAGUCCACGCGCUCCCAGCCGCUCCAAGCCGCCGGCUUCCUUCACCAACUCGACCGCCUGACCCAAGAGGUGCUGGCUGCCGUCAUGGCUGCUCAGAGGGACGGCGCCCAGGCCGGACAGUUCAUUCCGGUGGCGGUGGAUGGGCUAGCAGGAGGCGGCCGAGAGCCUCCAGGCUUGCUGCUUAACAGGCCGGUCAGCCUGGCUGAGCUGAGCCGCCUGCGAAGGCAGUUCCUCAGUUAUGCCAAGAUGCACCCGGGAGAAGGCGAACAAAAUCUGCCCCAGCUGGGCGGCAUGUUUCUUCAAUACCUGAGUCAAAACCUGCAGUGAGAGCAGCAGAUUCCUCUGAGUAGCAGUUGCUGGCCCAGCUCUGUGUAUGGAAGAUGGACUUGGGCAGGACGCUUCGUUUAGAUACUUUUUGCUAUUUAAUUCUGGAGAAGAAUUCUUUCACCGAAUUUAUAGACUGCUUUUGAUGAAGACCGAUGGAAGACAUUUUUAAAAUGAUGUUUUUCAGUAUACAUCUAUUUAUAUUUGAAUUGCAGUUGUCAUUAUUUUUAUAUUGUGCCUUGUUUAAAGAAGUUCAUAGGUAGAUUUCAACAUUCAUAGUGAUUCCCAUGGGGUGAAUUUGGCAGAAAGAGUGACUGAAGUUCACACAUUCAGCUUUCUAACCAAAAAUUCAGUGCAAUCCUGAAAAAUGUGUUUAUCAAAUACAUUUGGACUUAAUAUAACUAAUUUUUUUACACAAAGAACAUUACAUUGUGCUUAUAAUAUUUGUAUGUGUGAUUAACUUAUUCAAGAGCUGUAAGUUUGCAUUGAUGUUGACUGAGAAGGCCUAUACAAAGCUGCAUUCAUGACUUUCCAUUUUGCUGGAUAAGGCCCAGAGUUGAAGUCUGUCAAGAUCCUUCUAGAUCUGGCUAUUCCUCCCAUUUUAGUUGUUUACUGUUGACUAGAUGAUGUUUUGAUGAUUUGACAGAUUAUGAAGAGAGUCUUUGUAUUUUUUUUUUCUAAACCUGUUAGCUUUUUUCUGAUUUUUCUUUUUUUCUUAUAUUUAUUUGUAUUUUUAUCUUCCCUUUUAAAAGUUUUUACAAACUAUAUGUGCGUGUGUAUAGGGCUACAUAGCUUCAAUUUUAACUUGGGAUUUAGUUCUAAGUUUUAGCAUACCUUCCUUAAACAGUUGUCUUAAAUGUGCUGAGAUGAGUGAUUAAGUAAAAACAACUAUUGUUCACUUCUCAGUAAAGAGAAUCGGUGUUUUGAUACAUGGCAAUUAAAUGAGUGUUAAAUAUCUGACAAAUUCAUAUAUUACAAACCUUAUUGUCAUGAUGCCAUUUCUCAUCUAGUUUUAACUGAAUGAAGCAGAAGUCACUGAGCAAGCAAAAUUGAUUCUAUCCUUUAAAAACCAAAUACAGUAAGAAUGUCCAUGAAAAUCUAUACAGUACAGUAGUGAAGUUGUCAUGGAAAUACUGACUGCUAUACCUAGAACACAGAAGCAUUGUGGUGAUCUCACAUUCUAAAAUGAGGAGAAUCUCAAGUUGUGUAGUUGAGUGUAAUAGACAAAUCCCAAUUGUUCUGUACAAGUAGCCUUCAGAGAAAAUCAUCAGAUGUAUAUUCUGUGUUACAUUUGGCAGCAAUACAGCCACAUUGUGACAUUUUCAAACAAAAGAUCUUGCCCAUUUUCUUACCAUAAUUAUACAUCUGCAGUUGUUUAUUUAAAAAAACCUAUUUGUUUAUAAGUUGGUCAGUAUAGCCUACCCAAAUUUAUAGAUUUUAAUUGUGCAGGUUAUAGCAUGACAACACAUUAAUGAAGAAAGAUUUUGGUUUGUAUUUGGCCCUAGAAUGUAUAAGCAAGACUCACAGAAGCUAAUGUAAUACAUUUUUAGCGUUUACAAUC